AUGGAGACUUUAGAAGUUGGAUCUGGUUCUCACAAUUCAAGCUCGACGAAAUCUUCACAGCCCAGCGUGCAGUCCCGUCCUGCGUCGAAGUCCAGCGGCAAGGUCAACGCAGUGACCUCCAAUCGGCCGGCUUACCAACCGUCUCAGCAGCCUCAAGGUCCAGCGCGCAAGCUACAGUCCACUCCAGCUCAAUCAUGGGCUGAGGCGGGCAUUCAGUUCAAGAAUCUUUCGCCAGCUGGUCGAAAGGAAGUCGUGGAUCGUCUCUAUCUGUGCUUCAACUGUUUGGGGAAGCACAGCAUCAGGGUCUGUCAGACCACUCGUAGGUGCUUUCAAUGCCAGGAGAGGUACCAUACCCUGCUGCAUUUGGAUCGCUCUCGUCGUCCAGCUCAGCGUGGUCCAGCAUCUCGAGUUCCUGUCAACGAUGCAGGAGCUCAGCGACCGAAAGUGGGAGGAUCAUCGGUUGGGACAACGUCCGGCGAAGUACAUCUCACCCUACAAUUGAUCCACUCAGAAGAACGCAUUGAAGUUACAGCUCACUCUCUUGAUCGUCUCAUCUCAACGCUGCCGUUCUUCUCAGCAGAGGGCCUUAAGUGGGAUCAUAUCGAGGGAUUAGAGCUUGCUGAUCCUCAUUUCCCAGUCUCUGCACCAAUUGACCUUCUCGUCGGUGCUGAUGUUUUUGGUCAGGUCAUCAAGCCCAACGUGAUUAAAGGAGGGGUUCAGGCUCCAGUCGCUCAACUCACCAGCUUUGGCUGGAUUGUUUACGGACCAGCGGGACCUGAUCAACCAACAUCUUGCUCUUCUCAUCACCUCAGUGUAUCGAACGACGAGCUCAACGACUUUCUCACGAAGUUUUGGGUUCAGGAGGAAGUUCCUGAGCGCACUGACGCGAAUCUCUCAACGGAAGAAUUGGAGUGUGAACACCACUUCCGUCAGACUCACUCAAGGGAUAGCUCAGGGCGAUAUAUCGUUCGUUUGCUCUUCUCAGCUCCAGUUUCGUCAUUAGGGAAUUCCUAUCAUUCAGCGCUAGCUUGUCUCCAUCGGAUGCUCGCUAGAAUCUCAAAAGAUGCGCGCUUUCUCCAGCUUUACUCUGACUUUCUCAAAGAAUGUGAAGAUCUCGACCAUAUGAGAUUAGUAACUCGCUCGACUCAUCGCUCUUCGUCUUCGGUUCAGGCGGAUUCCGCUUAUCGUUCUGACGAGACGACCUUAGCACAUGAAGCCCAAGCUUCAGGAGGGUUGAGUGUCUCUGAAGGGCUUCAGGUAGGGCCAUCUGACGCUCACAGGAGUUACUAUCUACCUCAUCAUGGUGUAGUCAGAGAGAGCAGUGAAACGACGAAACUGAGAGUAGUGUUCAACGGAUCAGCGAAGACCAGCUCAGUGAACUCACUCAACGACAUUCUCCACACAGGAGCCAAGUUGCAGAGAGAUAUGUCGGACGUGCUGCUCUGGUCAAAACAGCAUAAAGUCAUCUUCAUGACGGACAUCACCAAGAUGUUCCGCCAGAUUAGAGUUCACGAGGAUGACUGGCCCCUGCAGCAGAUUCUAUGGACCAACUCAAGUGGAGAACUAGUCACGUAUCGACUGACAACAGUCACAUACGGCACGAGAUCAGCUCCGUUUCUCGCGAACAGUGUCCUUCUUCAGCUGGCUGAGGAUGAAGGACGUCGGUUCCCUUCGACCGUCUCGCCCAUCGUGAAAGGAAGAUACGUUGACGACAUUUGUGGAGAUGCGGACACGCAUGACCAACUCGUCAGGACCGCGCAAGAAGUUCGUGAUCUCCGCGCUGCUGGAGGAAUGCCUCUGGCAAAAUGGCAUAGUAAUGGGCCAGCGUUACUCCAGUGGCUCGCUCCUGAUAGUGCCUCCAAUGACCAGCGAGUUUAUGAGGAUUCGGAGACCCGAAUUCUUGGCUUGUCGUGGCAGCCCAGCUCGGAUAACUUCAUCUUCUCAAGUCGGACCAGCGAUGAAUCGAAAGUUUCUAAGAGGAAUAUCCUCUCAGAGAUCGCUCAGAUCUACGACCCGCUCGGAUUUCUAUCUCUUGUCGUGAUCAGAGGGAAACUACUCAUGCAGGAGACUUGGAUUCGAAAGCUCGGUUGGGAUGAGGAAGUCCCAGAACAAGUUGCCCAGCGUUGGAAAAGUUUUCGGAAUGAUCUCACUCUCCUCUCGAAGUUAUCUGUUCCAAGAUGGNUUUCUAAGAGGAAUAUCCUCUCAGAGAUCGCUCAGAUCUACGACCCGCUCGGAUUUCUAUCUCUUGUCGUGAUCAGAGGGAAACUACUCAUGCAGGAGACUUGGAUUCGAAAGCUCGGUUGGGAUGAGGAAGUCCCAGAACAAGUUGCCCAGCGUUGGAAAAGUUUUCGGAAUGAUCUCACUCUCCUCUCGAAGUUAUCCGUUCCAAGAUGGUUAGGCCUUCUCCAGAAUUCGUCGAUUGAAAUCCAUGGAUUCUCAGAUGCUUCUGUUCUCGCAAUGUCAGCCGUAGUCUAUCUCAAAGUCUUUACUGGAGAUGAAGAGCUUCGGAUUUAUCUGGUCUGCACGAAAACGAAAGUAGCUCCUCUCAAACGGCUGACAAUCCCAAGCCUAGAGCUCACAGCUGCGGCUAUGCUUGCCAAACUCGUAAAGUACGUGAAAGGAGAGCUCAAUCUCUCGAACGUUCCGACGUUUUUAUGGACCGACUCAUCAGUUGCGCUUACGUGGAUCAACUCGCACCCGUCCAGAUGGAAAGAGUUCGUAAGAAAUCGUGUUCAGCUCAUACAAGAGACCUCGCGAGCUCAAUGGAAACUCGUUCCUGGCAAGGAAAACCCAGCUGACUGCGCAUCUCGUGGACUAACUACAGCUCAGCUCUCUGCACAUGAACUCUGGUGGCACGGUCCACCGUGGCUCAUGAAAAGCUUAUCGUCGUGGCCAUCUCUAGAGCUUGCUUCAGUGGUAUCACCAGAUCUUGAAGAGAAACCUGGUGUCCUUCUCAACGUGAAGGUCCAGCGCCCAGAGAUUUGGGAUUUAGUUCAUCGCUAUUUUUCACUCGACAAACUGCUCCGAGUUACAGACAUCUGCUAG